AUGUCUUACAAAGCCAAUUCUGCACCGUCCACCAACGCCCCCAAGAAAUCCAAAGGGGUUAACGGCGCUGCCGUCACCGUUGCGAGCAGCGACGUGUCCAAACUUGCGGCCGCUCCCGCCUCUGGAUCAGGCAAGCCUGAAAAGGAUGCCUAUGAUGCGGAACAGGAGCGCAUCAAGACAGAGAUAGACGCUCUCCAGGUCAAACUUGCUGCCGUGAAGGAAAAAAUAUCUUUAGUUUCCAAGUCUGGGCCAGGGAACGACAGGCGGAACACACUUCGUACUGAGCUGGACAGCCUCCGUGGCCAACAAUCCAAUAGCAAAGCUUCGCGAGGUAAAGUCCUGGACCAGCUCAAGGCUCUCCAGGAUGGCAUUCAAAAAAAGGUCAAGGACCUUCAGGCCGCCAAGGGCAAGACACAAUUCAAAACAGUGGCAGAGGUGGAGGCUUACAUCAACAACCUGGGGAAGCAGGUCGACUCAGGCAACUUGACGCUGGCUGAAGAGAAGAGGGCAGUGCAAGAGAUCAAUCAAGCCAAGCGAGCUCGUAAGAAUGUAGAAUCAUUCCAGGCCGACGCCGACGCCAUCGAGGCCGACCGAGCACGCGCCGACGAACUCCGGCAGCAGCUCGACGACCCAGAGUCAAAGGCCGUUUCCGAGAGGUACGACACAAUCAAAGCCGAACUGGACGAGCUGAAGAAGGAGAGCGACCAAGUCUAUGCAAGCCGCAACAAGCUCUUCGACGAGCGGACUGCGCUCCAAACAGAGCUUGACACAUUGUACAAUCAGAAGCGCGAUUCAGCUCAGCGAUUCCGAGAAGCCAAUGAUCGGUACUGGGCAAAAGUCAACGAGGACAGGGCGAGGCGUGCGGAGCGUGCGCGUGCACAACGUGCGGCAGAAGAGGAACAGAAAAAGAAAGAGCUCGCGGAGCGCCUGCGCGACGAGGCUUCUCAGCCUGCGUUCCAGUUACAGAUCGAGGAUUGCCAAACGCUCAUUGAUUACUUCUCUGGAAAGUCCACCACCGCCCCAACCACGUCCAUCUCGAGGGCCACCCCAGUCGAUGAGCCGAAACUGGACAUUCGGAAGGUGGAGACCGGACCCGAGGACGGCCUGCUUGUUCGCAAGAAAAAGGGCGACGAGGACGAUGCGUAUUUCGUGGGCGGCAAGGGCAAGAGGGGUAAGAAGAAUGGAGCCAAAGUCAGCGGGAGCACGACACCCUCUGAGGCUGCUCCCAAUGUAUCCAGCACCAGCCUCAACAUCCCCCUCCCGACGCUCUCGGCUCUCCUCACUCUCUCAAUCCCGCCACCAGCCUCGUCAGCGGACCUUCCUCGUGUCGUGGAGGAUCUCAAGACCAAGAAAGCAUGGUUCGAGGCCAACCAAGCGCGCGUCACUGCCGAGGCCAUCGCCAAGGCAGAGGCCGACAUCAGACGCCUCACUGGCGCCAACAGGAAGGCCGAAUCCAAGAGCGUACCAGAAUCUCCUGCUGAAGUCUCGCCACCCAACGGCGCAGGAGAAGCUCCAUCUGAACCUACUUCCACACCGAAGGCGCAAGAUCUGCCAGAGGCCGCGGUCGCCGGCGAAGACGUUGUCGAGAAGCUCGAAGAAGUGCAGGAGCAAGUGGGAGUGGAAGCAUAGUGACCGAUCGAAGGAGGAGGGGAUCUUGGAUAGCUUGUUCAUAAUUAUCGCAUAAAUCUCUCGGAAUCACCAUCUUCGGCAUAUAGUACCAUCGUCGUCC